AUGUUCGAAGACAACUUAGCCAUCAAUACAACGAAAGAAUAUAAGAAUUUGUCCGUGUUGUUGUACAAUCAGCUAAUGUCCAGUUUCCGACGAAUGCAUUACCUGACUCCAUCACUGCCACCAUCAUCUUCUUCAUCACCAUCAACUACAUCUUCAUCAGCGUUUGAAUCAUCUCUACAUUCAUCAUCUGCAGUAGCGUCAUCAAUGAUCAAGCAACCAUUUGAAGUAACACAGCAGCAACAACUACAACUACAACAACAACUGCAACAACAGCAGCAACUACAACAACUACAACAACAACAACUAACAUUCAUAGAUAUAGCUAAACAACUAAACGGUUUUACGUACACCAAUGGUAGCAUCAUAUCAACAUUUGACAUACUGCUUUCAAAUGACUCAACUAUCAAUCCUUAUAGUUCUAAUUUCACCGAUCAACUCUACAAAUUUAUGGAUGAAAACAUCUUAUUCAAGUUGGACCAUGCAUUCAUGCUAAGCUGCAAUAAUACUAGAAAUAUUAAGGAACUUGAAACCACUUGUACGAGUACAACAACAACGACGACACCUGUACCUUUAAUUGAAGUCCUGGCCCAGUCGAGAAGCGGUCUAAUAGUCGGUUGCGCGCUUGGCUCGGUCGCAACAUUUCUAAUCAUAACCGCGAUCCUAAUCUACCGGAUCCGGCAGAGAUCAAAGGCCAGACAGAAUAGGGAUGUGAACAGAAAGAGCAACAGCCAGCCACAACAUUAUGGAAGCCACCGCUCGCCUAACAGCUUAAUAGGCACAACUAACUCCAUGGCCGGUACGCUGGUCUGGCGGGGUAAUGAUACAAUAACGUCAGUUAAGUCGUUUGCUGGCAGUAGUAGUAAUAGUUACUAUGGAGAUAGUAAGUAUUAUAGGAGGGGUAGGAAUGAAGAGAGAAGGAGGUUCAAUAGUGAGAGGUUGAGUGAUGGUAAUGAUGACGGUGGUAAUGAUGGCGAUGAUCGUCGUCGUCUUAGUAGUAGAAGUGUGGUUAACUCAGUGAGUGAAGUUGAUGAAGAUGGUGAAAUAAACAGUUACUACAACAACAACAACAACAACAACAACAACCACAACAACAGCAACAAUAACAAUGAUGAUGAUGAUUACAAUAGUGAUGAUGAUGUUGAAGGAAACAAUGUGGUGUCGCUAUAUAGAACAAACAACAACAUCAUCAUUCACAACAACAACAACAAAAACAACAACAAAAACAGCAACAACAACAAAAACAACAGCAACAACAACAUCAACGACAUCGACGAUAACAUCCGAGAUUUUCUACCGAUCGUAAUCGGCGAUCGGUCCGUCGUACCGACACCGACAAACCGAAGCGGAACGUCCAGCCAGAGCAGUCGGAUAUUUAACGCGAUUCAAAGAAGUUUCCGAAACUUCAUUGAUAAAAAUCGUAAAACCAUCGGUACAGUUAGAUCGCGGCGUAGUAGCUUCAGUAGCGACAGCACCACAAUAAGAAUCAGAAGUGAAAAACUAUUAAAGGAAAAUUCGCGAUUCUUGCGACAGUCUUUUAACGAGGCGAACUCGAAUGAAAGUAUUCGCCCGAAUAUUCGAGGAGCUGCUGCUCUCUCGAGUGGUGUCGAGAUGAGGAAUUUAAACUUUAACCGGAGCUUGAACGGUAACACGCUGAAUAUUGGCAGUAAUUUGAGUGGCAAAAAACAUUAUAAACGUAAUAAUAAUAUUAUUAACAACAAUAGCAGCAAAAACUUCAAGGUUAACAACAACAACAACAACAACAAAAACUUCAAGGUUAACAACAACAACAACAAUAACAAUAAUAAUAAUAAUAAUAAUAAUAAUAAUAAUAAUAAUAGGAAAAGAUCAAAAAUUAAACACGACAACAACGACAACAGAAAUGACGUCACCAUCAUCAACAACAACAACAACAACAAAGAUAGUUUUGGCCAUAGCAGCUUACAUAGACGCCGAAAUCCCAUUUACAAAAGUUUCAACUUACAAACUCUAGGAGUACAAUUACGCGACAACUACUCAACAUAUGCUAGUAGCGUUGCCAGCCACAACAUCAUCAACAACAACAACAGGAUCAACAACAUUGGCAGCAGCAACAACAACAACACCAAUAACAUUAAGACCAAUGAUAAUUUUAAUAGGACACCUUUAGGAAUUUUCAACAGUUUCAGCAACAACAUCCCGAAUUACACUAACAGCAACAAAAAUAAUAUAUUUGUCGUGGCUGAUGUGCAUAACACUCAACACCAACAUCAACAACAACAUCAACUACAACAUCAACAACAUCAACAUCAUCAACAACAACAUCAACAACAGCCACAUCAACAAAGCCCAUCGUCAUUAUCAUCGUCGUCAUCGUCAGUUUUCAUAUUUCGUCACAAUCCAAAUAUACGCGAAAUCGUUGAUCGCCGAGCCGACGAUGACGUCAUCAAUUUCGACAACGUCAUCAAUGUUGACGACAGGAAGCACGCAAAACCUUUCAACAACAACUCAACAAAACUAUCCAACAACAUCAACGAUGACAACAAUCUUAAUGAAAGUAAUAGAAGUAACAUUAGCGAAAUCGUUCAAGAUAAUUCUACAACUAUUAUCGGCUAUAACGCGACAACAACAGCUGCAACAGCAGCAACAGCAGCAGCCACACCAGCUGCACCUGCAGCACCAGCUGCAGCGGCUAACCAAACAACAUCAACAAACAUCGAAGAAACAGAAAUAGAUAUAACGGUGCUGCACUCAAUAGAAGACUUGGUCGCUGAGCCAAUCAGAAACAAGGUCCAGAAAGAUGACCUUCAUAGGGUAGAAGCGACAGCCAAUAAGAACGAAGCAGGUUAUCGUCGUUACCCCAUUGGUAGCAAAAUGUCGGAAGCAGUUUUGAAAAAGCUGAACAAAAGACUAAAAUCUAAAAAGGUACCGCAAAAACAGAGCAAGGUUUGAGUUAGUUACGUAGUUGGUUAGUUAAUUAGUGGAUAGAUUGAAAAAAUAAAUAAGAAAGAAUGAAUGAAUGAACGAACGAAUGAAUGAAGCAACAAAUAUCGUCGGUUCUAUUUUUUGGGAAUAUUUUUAUUUAUUCAUUUUAUUCAUUUGGUAGACAAUUUCGAGAAUUCAAUUUGUAAAAAAAUACAAGAAAAUCUUAAUAAAUAAUCGAGUUAACAUUUUAUUUUUAGAUAAAAAAUUAUAUAAAUAAAUGAAUGAACGAAUGAAUGAAUUAAGGAAUAAACGAAUGAAUGACGGACGGAUGGAUGAAUAAAUAUAAUAUAAAUAAACAAAUGAAUGAAAACUAGGUCUACCUAAAUUGAAUGAGAAAAACCAUCAUUGUUUAAGCACUCCGACACUUCUAUAAAAUAAUAAAAUAACAACAACAACAACAACAAUAAUAAUGAUAUUUAUAAUAAUAUUAAUACAAUAAUAAUAAAAUAACAAUAGUGUUAUCAUCAUUUUAUGUAUCACAAUUAAUUCAUUCUCUGCGGAAAAUAUUUAAAUACUUAUAUAUAUAUAUAUAUUUAUAUAUAUAUACAUAUAUAUAUAUAUAUACGUGUGUGCGUACGUGUGUGUGCGUGAGUGUAUGUGUGAGUCAUCUAUAACCUAGGCACAAAAAAAUUAAUUUUUUUACAUUUCCAAUUUUUUUCUCCUUCAUUUUAUCAAUUACCCACCGUGUUUUCUGUCAACGCCUUCUAAGAUGGAAUAAUCAUUAGCGUUAUUAUAGCUACAGAAACAAUUAAUAAUUAACUAAUUGACUAAUUAAUUGAUUAAUUAACAAUCGAAGUUAACAGUCUCC